GCGUUUUGAAUUUUGUGUGGUUCAGUCGAGCGUUUAUAAUUUUCGGCAGCAGUAACAAUUAAAACCAACGACCGAUUGGAGCGGCGUUUAACGCACAGGAUGGCGCAAAUCAGGAGGAGUUCUCGGCCGCGGCUGCAACUAUAUAUAUUCCUGGGCCUGCUGGCAACGGUGUUUGCUUCAUUUCCAGGAGGACAAACAGGAACAGCGGAAGGUGAAUCAAGAAUGGAUGCUCUAGGACUCACACCGGGCCAAAAAGUCCUGGCUGCAGUGCCCGCAUCAGCACACACAAGUUUUUUGUUGUACCAAUUAGCCUUGGCCAUAAAUUCAGCCGCCGGCCUGGAACCGCCGACGUUGCAGGAAGUGGAGGUGGUCGAUGUGGUGGAGAACCAGGAGCAGUUCCUGCUGAACCCGGAUCCCAACUGGCUGGCCGCCAUGGCCAAUGAGUUUCAGAGUGUGCCGGUGUAUGAGACUUUUCCUGCCGAUUUGCAGAAUUGGCUGACGGAUGGCUAUGGAAUCAGUGCCACGGAUGUCUUCCAUAGCUGGAGCAGAGCCCAAUUCGGCGGAAGGAGCAGUUCCCGCACCCCUCAACUUAUCUGCACCGCCGAUGGACAUUGCUACGAGGUCAACAAAAUCGUCACCGCAUGCUGUCCAUUUUGAGCACCCAAUAAAUGCAUUAAAAACAAUCGAAGGAAAUCAUAAAUUUGGCGCACACACUCAGUGGACACAAUCCAAUCGAUUGACAGAGAGUUCCGGCAUUGUCCGCAAUGAGACCAUUAAAUACCGACGCUCUUGUGGCCGACCACGUGGUCAAUGGUCGUUGGUCGGUGCAUCUGUUGGCCAGAUUGGGGGAAUGGGGUCCGUAAUCGAAAACGGAAGCUGCCAACUGCACUGAAGGCUUUUUUGUGAGACGAGUAGUUCAGUUAACUAACAGAGAUUUUUCGUCAUGCGAGCGGGUUCAUUAUUAAGGUUUAAGAAUAUCUGUUAUCCGUGAGUUACUA